AGUUUACUAGAGAGAUUCCCACUCCUCAAUCAUGUAGAAAUGACCGUCGGCGUCUCUUGGCCUGAGUGUAGUUAUAUUCUGGCCGAACGUUCUCGAGCAUCCCUCAAUAUGAUCAAGUUUUUAUUGGGAAUUGCAAAUUUUUUACUUCUUUUUCAAUUUGCCGAUUCCAGAGAUGCAAAUUGUUAUAAAGACAAAUUUGAAGCUGAUUGUGGCAAGAAUGCUGUAAUUGUUAUGACAUCGGCUAAAUACGGAAGAUUGGAAGGUUGCAUCAAAUGGAAAUAUGGGCAGCUAAAUUGCCAUGGAGACAUGCUAAAUUACAUGGAUCAACAGUGUUCUGGAAAAAGAAUGUGUAAAAUUUCGUUGCUUAGUUACGAAUUAACAAAUUUUACAGGAAAUUGUUUGGAUAUGGAUCUUGUGACCUAUUUAAAAGCCGAUUAUGAAUGCUUACCAGUUGUAACGAACCAGAAUUCUUGCAAACCAUGUAGCAAUCUACGUGAACUUACUCUAACUCAGGCUACUGGUACACUGUCAAGUAAUAUUGCUGACCAGCAUCAUUGUGGUUCCGCUGACUGCCCUUGGACUAUAAAGGCUCAACCCGGACAAACAAUAACAAUAAAGCUAUCGGAUUUCGCUAGCAAUGACGCAUCGAAUACAAGCAGUAUAGACCGUCCGGCAUCUGUAGAGAAGAAGGACGCUUGCCUAAUCUAUGCUGUCCUAAUAGAAAGAGCGUCGUCCAGACAUCGUCAUAAGACAGUUUGCGCUCAAAGUAUUAGGCACACGAUGAUUUAUUCGAGUUCCUCCUACUCCGUCGAGGUGCAGAUGCUCAGGGGAUCGGACGGAAAGAGGCCUGGUGAAUUUCUUCUACAUUACGAAAUUCAAGGAUGUCCAGAACUCCCACACAAACCAUUUGGUUGGCGUCACAGAGUUAGUGAGAAUUUAAUGGAAGUAGGAUGUAACGUUCAUCACCAAGAAGUCUGGAAUUUGACUUGCAAUGGUACAGAAUGGGUUGGAAUGGAUAGAAAUUGUUCGCCGCCAGCAGUCCCCGUCAAAAAGUCUUCUAUAUGGCGAAUUGCUAUCGGCAAUUUGUCUUUGCCUACGGGAUUCUGGAUUGCAAUUAUAAUUGGAGUAGCUAUUGUUGUUUCGGUUUCCAUUUUAGUAACUGGAAUGGUUUGCUUGAAGAAGCAAAAACAUAAGGCGACUGCAAAAAAAGCACAGAUUGCAGGGUAUCUUCUAGCUCAACAGGAAAAAGAGAUGUGGGCUAGACCGACCAGUCUAAAGAGGAAUACCAGAGCUCUGCCAGCAACACCGAAGCCCAUUCCACAGUCGGAGAACGAUUACGCUUGCGUUGAGGACUUUCCGCCACAUCCGAACGAGUGUAGUAAAAAGCGUUGCUCAAGGGGAUCCGCUGGGUCGUUGAGACACGUGGCGACACCUUCCGGAGAGAAGAGAGAAUAUCAUUUUGAAUUCUCAGAUGCAGGUUAUAAUACAGGGCCAUCUAGUGAACACGGUGGUAAUGAAAACGGUCAUUCAUAUUUUACAUUAGAUCCGAAGUUGGUGGUUGAUCCUAUGGGUUCUGUAAGGCCUUGCAGCGGGAUACAUACUCAAGUGCAAAACAUCUCAAGGUUUUAAACGAGAUGUAAUUUAGAAGAAUAUUUAAAAGAAAAGGAAUAUAGCUCAAUAGUUCUCAGAGACGUGUCGCAAGAAGAUAAAUAGCCAAAAAAUUAAUAAAUAAAUAAAAACAACGAAAACAGACAACGCCAAUUCUACUUAACAUUACACACUGUACAUGUUACAGUAUAUAUGGAUAUAUAAGUAUACU